UCUCCUGCAACCAAUGGCGCCUCUCCCUCCCAUAUCUCCUGCCUUGCUCACGCACACACAUUACACCGGAGGAAGAGAGACGGAGUAACCACCACGUCGGCAGCAGCUUCUCCCCUCUCGCUCAGUUCUCACCGCUCGUCUCCGCGAUCGCCACGCUCUGUUCAAGCUGGAUGAUGGCAACAUCAGCAGUCGUUGGAUUAAGCACGGGAAAGAGGCUUCUGACCUCUUCAUUCUGUCCCACCGACCUCGCCGAGAAGUUAUUCCCCAUUCUGGAUCAAACUACGCUGCCAUUUCCAGCGGCCUCCACGAAGUCCGUCGUAGUUGCACAAAAGCCCUCCCCAUUCAGGCCGAAUGCCCCACCGACCAGACACGUACCGAUCAUCAAGGCACUGAAAGAGCAUGUCCAUACCUUGGCCCCUUCACCUAGUGAUCUCGAAUCCUCUCUGGAGGCCCUCAUCUUGCUACAGAAGUCUAUGUUGGAGAAGCAAUGGGAACUCCCGUUCACGCAGAUGACAACUGUUGCUGCUCCUGGAAACGGCUGCCGGGUGCCCGAAAUCGCUCGCUCCGGGAUAUCUGCUCGUGAGAGGAGAAUGAUUUCGAGAAGGAAAUGUAUUGGUCAUAGGGAUGCCAUGGCACCUGCAAGCAGAGUGAGACAGCUUCGAUCUUGUGUUAGCCCUGAGCUGCUUAACUCCGAUGCCAGUGGUUAUGUCAGAGGAACCGUCAGUGAGAGCUUGCUUACACACGCAGAGGUCGUGAAUCUGUCGAAGAAAAUAAGAGCUGGUAUGCGUGUAGAGGAACACAGGUCAAGACUGAAGGAAAAAAUGGGAUAUGAGCCAACCGACAAGCAACUGGCUUCUUCACUGAGGAUGUCGCGUGCUGAACUGCACACAAAAAUGAUCGAGUGUUCUCUGGCAAGGGAGAAGCUUGCGAUGAGCAAUGUCCGUCUGGUGAUGUCUAUUGCCCAAAAGUAUGAAAACAUGGGGACUGCAAUGGCCGAUCUUAUCCAGGGUGGCUUGAUUGGGCUUCUUCGUGGGAUAGAAAAGUUUGAUGCUUCCAAGGGCUUCAAAAUUUCUACUUAUGUGUACUGGUGGAUCCGGCAGGGUGUCACAAGAACAUUGUUCAAGAACUCCAGGACUUUAAGACUGCCUGCUCAUUUACAUGAAAGACUCGGUUCAAUUAGGCAUGCAAAGAUCAGACUGGAAGAGAAGGGAAUUGCACCAUCAAUUGACAAACUUGCCGAGUCCCUGAACAUGUCACAGAAGAAAGUAAGGAAUGCCACACAGGCUGCGAGUAUAGUACUUUCUAUCGAUAGAGAAGCCUUCCCCUCCCUGAAUGGCCUUCCUGGCAAGACUCUCCACAGUUAUAUUGCAGAUAGGAACCUCGAAAACAAUCCCUGGCAUGGUUUUGAGGAAUGGUCUCUCAAGGAUGAGGUCGACAAGCUCUUAUACAUGACACUCAGCAACCGAGAGAGAGAUAUCAUAAGCCUCUAUCAUGGUAUCGACAAUGAGUGUCAUACAUGGGAAGACAUCGGCAAAAAGUUUGGUUUGUCAAGAGAGCGUGUCAGGCAAGUGGGGCUUGUUGCCAUGGAGAAGCUGAAGCAUGCGGCAAGAAGAAGAAAAUUAGAGGCAAUGUUGGUAAAACAAUGAACGACAUUAUACUGGCUUGGCUCACACUUACCUGUGCAUAUGAAAACAACAGGACACAUGCGGCAAGAAGAAGAAAAUUGGAGGCAAUCUUGUUAGAACAUUGAAAUGAUUCGUAUUGUAUGAGAACAGAAGGAAACAUGUAUCUCUAAAUUUAUUUUACACCGAGGAGUAUUUAUACAUGUACAUGCUUGACUGGAGAGUUCUAAUGUGAAGGCAAUUAGAUA